UACGCAUGCGCGAAAUGUUAUCAGCAAGUUGACCCGCUAUCAUUACUUACGAAGGCACUGCGGAGGGUACUCGUUUACCAAGAAUUUAUCAAUAACAUCUAAGUAUUUAUUAAAAAAUAAGUGAAAAGUUUAUUUUUAAUUUUUAAACAUUAUGUGCCAGUGACUUUCAGUGAUUUAAAGAAAUGAAUGUGAAAAUUGUAUUAUUAGUGCUGUGCGCGUCACUAAAAAGUUUUGGAGAAGGUUUGACCUCUGAAGAAGAGGUAGACAUAAAAGACACAUGUUGCGGCCACGCGGACUUGCUGGCCGUGUCGACGAAAUCUGUUCAGGAGUGUUCCUCAUCAGACCUGCCGGACUUUAUCAGCCCGGACGAGGAGGGCACCUGCAGAGCCGCCAUGCAGAGUUGCUGCAGCAAGAUAUUCACUUUGAAAGAUGAAUGUACAGCGGGCACAAAAUAUGCAGCUGAGAAGCGAUGUAGUGUUCCCAAAACGGAAAUAGGGAAGACAUGCUGUGAGGAAUGCUCGAUUGGUCGUUGGACCGGGGAGUCUCAAGGUGUUGAGUCUUGUGGAGCACCCGCCUCGGAGGGCACUCCUCCCAACACGGCGCUUAGGAGAAAUACUUUCUAUCAAUGUUGUGUGGAAGCAGCAUCACAGCCUACGACGACGGAAAAAGUGGUAAUCACAACGACUGAGAAGAAGAUAGAGACGACCACGGCGAAGAAAGAGAAAUGUGCGAAAAACUCCUGUGAUCAUGUCUGCAAUGAUGAAGACGGGAAGAUCAGGUGCCAGUGCCACGAGGGGUACAGACUUCAAGGGGACAAGAAGUCAUGUAAAGAUAUAAACGAAUGUGCAGAAGCAUUAGAUGAUCUGUGUGUAGCACAGGACACUGUCUGUCACAACACGGCUGGAUCCUUCAAGUGUGUUCCUAUCAAAAAACGAGAGGUUGGUGGCUGCCCGCCUGGCUUCAAGAAGAAUAUCGAGAGUCAAGUCUGCGACGAUAUAAACGAAUGCCAACACCCCCGUCCGCCGUGUCCAAAAUAUCUUUGUAAGAAUACCAUCGGCGGGUACACGUGCGCGGGCAAGCCUGGCACUCCCUACGUGGAGGAGUCGCCCAAGGCCACCACUGAGACCAAUGAGGCCACCGUCCCCACUCCGAGGAACGACAUCUGUCCUCCAGGAUUUAGGGCGGGACCUGACGAUGAGUGUAUAGAUAUCGAUGAGUGUGAGGAGCGGUCGGACGAUUGCCAGCAUCUAUCCCAACACUGCAUCAACACCCACGGCCACUUCUUCUGCCAGGACCAUGUCUCCAAGAGGUGCACCCCUGGCUUCGUCAUCAACCCCACUACGGGGAAGUGCGAAGACAUCAACGAAUGCGAAGACAUCACGGAGGUGUGCAAGCGCACAGAAGUGUGCAUCAACCUCCCAGGAGCCUACAACUGCAAAUCCAAGAUCAGCACUUUGCCCAAGCUUGCUACUAAGACCUGUCAAGAAGGCACCCGUAUUCGGCCAGGCGGUACAAUUUGCGAAGAUAUUGAUGAAUGCAGAGAAGGUACCCACCUCUGUGACGAGUUCCAAAAUUGUAUCAAUACGUUUGGAGGUCACGAAUGUCGCUGCAAGAAUGGGUUUGAACUGGACUCCUCCUCAGGCGCCUGUGUAGACAUCGACGAGUGCGCCUUGAAGAUGGAUAACUGUUCUCCGGGCACUCAUUGCCUGAACAUGCUAGGCACCUUCACCUGCACCCGCCGGGCUCCAGCUACCACCAGCACCACCACGCCGUCUACCAUUGCACCAACACCAGCGCCAUCCGAAUAUGAUUAUGAAUAUUAUUCUGAAGAAGACAAUUCAACGGAUUCCACAAACGAAGCUGUUCCACCUCCACCACCAACUACGACGCCGAGACCAACAACACCUAAACCACCUACUACUACGUCAACAACAACACCUCGGUCCACCACAGAAAGUUCUGCUCGAACCCCCAAGUACCCUUACUACUAUACACCUAGAACAACCACAACAAGUAGAUCACCAUACAGACCUGAUAGACCAAUGUACACACGACCCAUAUACACUACUUCUACUACUACUAGAAGACCACAUAUACCAGAAGAGAGACCAAGAUAUCCUGAAUAUUCCUAUGAUCCAUACGGAAGACCGAGAAGACCAGAAGAGACAACAACUGAAUUAUUAAGAAGACCAGAAGAUCGUCCUCGUCCUGACUAUUCCCGACCAAACACUUACGAUAGACCAAGAAGGCCCGAAGAAUCUACGACUACUGAAGAAAUACCGAAGCCAUACAUCCCAAGGAGACCAGAAGAACCAAGACGACCUGAACCUUCAAGACCUUUGGAUCCUUUUGCUAAACCUAGGCCUGAUGAUUUUACAACUGAAGAAGUCCCAAAGCCAUUCAUACCUAGAAGACCAGAAGAAACUCCAUCCAGACCAGAAGAUCCAAGGGAAGAAAUACCAAAGGAACCGGAACUUGGGCCGAAACCAGACGAUGAUAAUAGACCAGGGUUUGACAUCAAUAGCUUGCAUUGUUUGGAUGGAUACGAAAAAAAUGAACAUGGUGAUUGCGUUGAUACCAACGAAUGUGAGGCAAACCGCCAUCUUUGCAGCAACCUGGAAGAAUGUGAGAACCGCCCCGGAGGGUAUACCUGUGAAUGCAUCAGGGGGUUCACCAGGGACCCCUCAGGUUGGUGCGUGGCUAUCACUACCAGUAGCACUACUACUAGCACUACCACUGAAAGAACAACCACACCAGUUCCCACCACGACCCCUCGAAGAACACGAUACCCACCGAGAGUACGGCCGACUGCUCCUCCGCCUUCGAGGGUUAACUGUGACUUCGGGUACAACUUUGAUACCAGUGAGGGUAGAUGUAUAGAUAUUGACGAAUGUGCGACCAACAAGCACACCUGCGCGCCUAACGAAGACUGCAUCAACUUUGGAGGAGGCUACAACUGCGAAUGUGGCAGAAGAUGUCGCGGGGAAACAGAUAGGCAACCUAAUGUCUAUUAUCCAGUGUCUCCCACAAGAGAGACAGUCCCAAUGGCUACGACCCCGUCGUCGCCAACAGACUCCAACAUCAUCACAGUGGGGGCCCAGUUCGGCCAACGAGGGCCUAGGGUCAUGAGGCCCCCGUACGUCAGGUUCAACUACGGGACUAUGCAGCCUUGCCCGUGGGGCUACAAAUUGACGCCAGACAAACGAUGCUUAGAUAUCGACGAAUGCGCCCGCAACGUGUCACAGUGUGGUCCCGAGCAGCGCUGCGAGAACUUCUUCGGCGGUUACUCGUGCCACUGCCCCGGGGGACACCGUCUGUCCGGGGAGGACGGCUGCGAGGACAUCGACGAGUGUCGCUUCGGCUCCCCCUGUUCUUACAACGGAGAAUGCAUCAACACUAUCGGCUCAUAUCACUGCAAGUGUGGAGAUGGCUUCCGUAACGCGCCAGCUAACGACAAGGUCUGUAUGGACAUUGACGAGUGCUCAGAGGACCCUGGAGUUUGUGACCACGAGUGUACCAACACGUGGGGUGGAUAUAGAUGUUACUGCAGGCGGGGCUAUCGACUGGAUAGAGACAAUAAAACAUGUGUGGACGUAGACGAGUGCUCCGAAUGGUCGGCGGUGCGCCUGCGCGGGCGCCUGUGCGGCGGGGAGUGCGUCAACGAGCCGGGCAGCUUCCGCUGUCGCUGUCCCGCUGGGUACAGGCUUAGCGACGACGGGAAGAGCUGCGUGGAUAUUGAUGAAUGCGAGACUGGCGAAGCGUCGUGUGCGCACUCCUCCACUCCCGGCGAAGUGUGUCAGAACACCCGGGGGAGCUACCACUGUCACCGGAUAGACUGCCCUAGAGGGUACCGGCUGGAAUCUAAACACCGUUGCACGCGCGUGCAGCGAGCGUGCCCGAUUUCGGACUGGUCGUGCCUGCAGCAGCCCAGCGCCUACAGUUACAACUUCAUCACCUUCGUCUCCAACAUCUUCCUGCCUUCCGGAAGGGUGGAUCUAUUCACGAUGCAUGGGCCAUCGUGGAGGGACACACUGGUGACCUUCGAAAUGAGGAUGAUUGACGUCCAAGCGUCUCACGGAGUGAAACCUGCAGAUCUUAGAUGUUUUGAUAUGCGACCAAGCAACAACGUGUGCGUGAUAUCCCUGCUGUGCUCCCUGCAAGGGCCGCAGGUGGCGGAGCUGGAGCUGACCAUGUCUCUGUACCAGCGGGACCAGUUCGCGGGCAGCGCCGUCGCCAGGCUGGUCGUCAUAGUGUCGCAGUAUGAGUUCUAGUAAUA